CGGGAUUUCCGCUGUUAUUCGAAAUCCGGAAGUGUUUUGAAAGAUUGUAGCAGCUUGACACAGCGAGCGCGCGUUUGCGGUGCGUUCGCUUCUGUUUGUGUGUCGCGCGGAGGAUGAGAGCGCGGGAAGGAGGCGCCGAGGGCCGCGUGAGCUGAGUCACCGUGAAUCAUCUAUAUGGGCCAUUUUCUCUCAAGAAAUGGUGACGGCCUGAAGACGAAAUCACGGAAGCUGCGCAAGAAGAAGAAAAGGAGGAACUGCUUCCUUCAGGGUCCCUGCAUGCUGUGCUUCCUCGGGAGCGUCGAGGACGACUGGCCCUUCGAGAGCGCGGCGGUGUCCAAACUCGUCUCGCUGAACUCGCCCGAGGAGUGCGCCAGGUUCCUCCUCUCUCCGGGAGAGCGGGCCGUUUGGGAGGCUCAGGGUCGCAGUCUGCUCUCCAAGCUGAUCGGGCCCCCGGCGCGCUUCUGUGCCGCGGACGAUUCGGAAAUGGUGUGCAAGCGUAAGUGUGCAGAGCUGCAGCGGUGUACGCCCCGCAAACAGCCUCGCUGUGCCUUCCAGGAGGACAUGGAGAACGGAGAGGAGCGAGGAGACCGCCGCUGCCUCCUUCCCUCACUGCCUUCAUCCUCCUCCUCUUCCUCUCCUUCGGAGGAGGACGGCUCCGGCGCGGGACGGCACACAGAUGCAGGCAGCGCCUCGACUUCUUCCUCCUCCUGCUGCUGUCAGUCGUCUCGAAACGAGAGCUCGGAGGAGACGAAGAGCGCUGAAAACACAGACAUCAACCAGCUGCCGUCCUCUAUACUGCUCAAGGUGUUUUCUCACCUGUCGGUGAAGGAGAGAUGUCUGGGUGCGUCUCUGGUCUGUAAAUACUGGCGCGAUCUCUGCUUAGACUUCCAGUUCUGGAAACAGAUCGACCUCAGCGGCCUCCAGCAGGUUACAGAUGAUCUCCUGGUGAAGAUCGCGUCCCGGAGGCAGAACGUGACUGAGAUCAACAUCUCCGACUGUCGUAACGUUCAGGACCACGGCGUUUGCUCUCUGGCGUCCAGCUGUCCCGGUCUGAUCAAAUACACGGCGUACCGCUGUAAGCAGCUCAGCGAUGUGUCUCUGUGCACCGUGGCCAUCCACUGCCCGCUGCUGCAGAAAGUGCACGCCGGGAACCAGGACAAACUCACUGACCACGCGCUCAGACUGUUGGGGGAACACUGUAAAGAGCUGAAGGAUGUGCAUUUCGGCCAGUGCUACAGCAUCAGUGACGAGGGUCUGGUGGCGCUGGCGCAGGGAUGCAGUAAACUACAGAGGAUCUACAUGCAGGAGAACAAACUGGUACGUGCAUCGACCGAAGAGUCUGAGAGACUGGCAGAUAGAAUUAAAUUAGAUGAUAUUUAGCUGUACUCCUACAGUUUCUGAUAUUCUUUAUGUAUUCUGUGUCGAGGUCGGUUCACACUGUUACAAAUUCAUCUUUAAAUAUGUUUGAAUCGAUUUUGACCAUUUAUGGGCAUUUUUUUACAUUCUGAAAGUGUGCAUUAUGUUUUGAAUCAAAUUCUUACAUUUAAUCUGUGAAUUAGAAUGAUAAAACGUUUGGGCUAUUACUGAGCAAAUGCAACCAUAAAUGAAUCUUUGCAGCGCAGAGGAAACACAGAAGCUGCGUCUGAAGAGGCAUUUAGAUGUUAGACAUGAAUGCAUUUAACCUGCAGUUAC